ACGGGUUCAUCCACCUCACAGGCUCACAGCACACAAGGAGAGGAGAGGAGAGAGAGAGAGGCGAAGAAGCCAUCAGCCAUGGCGAACAAGGCAACGGCCGCGACCUCGUGGCGGUGGCGGCUGCUGCUGCUCCUCCUCCUCGCGGUGGCGGCGCUCUGCUGGAUCCCCCCGGCAAUCGCCAUGGCGGCCGCCGCCUCGACGGCCAAGGGGGCGCGGAGGUCGCUGCUGGGCUUCGUGGAGGCGCAGGGGAACUCCUCCUACCGAUGCAACCCCUCCGGCCCCUGCAUCACGUGCCAGUACUCCGAGAAGAAUGACGAAAAGUACUGUUGCAGCGAAACUGGCUACCGCUUGCCUUUGAAAUGCGUUCAAGUACAAAAUGGUACAAAAGAAGGAAAUAGUACCAAGCAAAGAAAGGUGUUGGGUGAUGCAUCCACAUCAGGUGGCGCAAAACAUUAUGUUACUUACAGGAGUUGUGUACCAUUGGAGGAUGAAGAGAAGUUAUCUGUUCUUGGUUUUGAGGUCCUCAUGGCCGGAAUGUUGCUAAUAAGUGGGCCGUUUGUAUAUUUCCGGAAAAGGCAGACAAUUCUAAUGCAAGGAGCUUCAAGAAUCCCGACAAACCCUCCUAGGUUUUAGUACGGAUUAAUAAUGGAUUUGACCGGUUGCUCAAGAGGAUUCGUGGUGCCAUUUUGGUGGUUGUUUUUCCCUUGCCAUUGUACUGUAUUUACACAUGCUCACGGAGGAAGUUUCUUACAGGAGUAGAAAACCACAAUGGCUAGUCUCAUUGUGCCUUCAAUUCUUGAAUCAAAUCUCUUGUAUCAUAUAACAGAUUAUGAUAUAAUAUAUUUUUUUAUCACCACAACGAAGUAUUUCCUAUU